UCAAAGAAGGGAGCUAUGGCGACAGAUGGGGGGAAAUCAAGUGGAAGUGAAGGUGGAAAUAAAGGGAAAACUUCAGGAUCACAGGACGCGCAGCCCUCUCCCCUUGCUUUGCUGGCAGCCACAUGCAGUAAAAUAGGAGGUGUUGCUGGUGAGGGCCAAGUGGGAGCACAGCAGCAGAUUAUCAUCGACCCAAACCAAGGGCUUGUGCAACUCCAGAAUCCACCUCAGCAGCUGGAGCUUGUCCCCGCACAAUUUGCAGGAAACGGCUGGCAGAUCAUAGCUGCGUCACCUGCACCCGCCGCUGCCACCGCUGUUUCCAAGGACAACACGCAGCAAACUGGGGUGACUGUGGCAACAACCACUAACGUUGCGACUAGUGACGGUACGACAGGACGGAAGGUCAAAACAGUCGGUUCGAAUAAUGCAACAGUUGGACAACCACAGCAGCAACAGUUUCAAAUUAUCCAGGUGCAAAAUAUGCCCAAUUCAUCCGGUGGCAUUCAGUAUCAGGUGAUACCACACAUUCAAACGGCAGACGGUCAACAGAUCCAAAUCAACCCCAACAACCCAACAGCCUUAAGUGUGCAGCCAGAACAGAUUCAACUUAUUCCUGCUGGAAACAACCAGGCCAUCUUGGCAACCCCACAGAGGACAGGUUCUGCCAACAUUGUCACCCAGAAUGUGACCAAUCAGGCGAUUCCCCUUCAGAUUCGUCCGUCGUUUCCUCUUCAGCUGCAGACCAUCCAAGGCACACAGACCCCAAUGGUCACCACAUUACCGAUCAACAUCGGUGGAGUGACCUUAGCUUUGCCAGUCAUCAACAAUGUAGCAGGAGGAGGCUCAGUACAGCUUGUUCAGUCAAGUGAUGGAAGCGUCUCCAAUGGUAACCAGCUGAUGUCCACGCCAGUCACCACUAGUGUGGGCGUGGCAGAAUCUACCGUUGCUCCUGCCUGUUCGACGACAACAGCCAGUGGGACUGACUCAAUUGCUGUCAGUUCUGCUGAUAGCGGUACGUUACCCCCAGGCUCUGCUGUGUCUGAGGGAACCGCAGAGAAGGACGGACAGAGCCAGCCCGGUGAGUCAGACGCCCAGAGCACAACUCAAUCAAACGGGCUCCAGCCUGCAGCUGACCAGCAGGGUCAGAUCCAGCAGUUCCACAUUGUUGGCCAUCCAGUUGUGCAGCAGAUCCAGAUCCAGCAGCCCCAACAACAGCUGGUCCAAGGCUCCAUUCAGCUUCAGCCAGGCCAGACCCUUCAGCCAGUUCAGCAGAACCUUCAGCUCCAGGCCUUCCAGAACCCCGCCCAGGUUCUGAUCCGUGCUCCUACCCUCACCCCGACCGGGCAGAUCAGCUGGCAAACGGUGCAGGUUCAAAAUGCAGGGGUACCCCAGCAGCUCACGCUCGCUCCUGUGGCAUCAAAUGCAACCGGGGGCACGUUCACUCAGAUAGCACCAAUCACACUGGGUGGGACACCCAUUACCCUGAAUACAGCUCAGCUCUCCUCGGGGACCGGCGUGCAGACAGUAAACAUCGCCGGCUUGGGUACAACAGGGGUACAGGUACAGGGAGUCCCACUCACCAUAACAGGAGUGCAAGGUCAGCAACCAGGUCAGGAUGGGGUCAAAGUUCAGCCAGCCCCAGUGACCGUCACUGUCGGUAACAUUGGCAACACUGCGCUGAAUGCAGUGAGCCCAGAGCAGCUGAGCCAGGUCCAGAGUCCGUCAGACCAGGAGGGUCAGCCCAGCAAGAGGCUCCGCAGGGUGGCCUGCUCCUGUCCCAACUGCAGGGAUGGAGAGGGAAGAAACAACAGCGAUCCAUCAAAGAAGAAGCAGCAUGUGUGUCACAUGGAAGGCUGCGGGAAGGUGUAUGGGAAGACUUCCCACCUGAGGGCCCACCUACGCUGGCACACAGGAGAAAGACCCUUCGUCUGCAACUGGAUCUUCUGCGGAAAGCGUUUCACCAGGAGCGAUGAGCUGCAGAGGCAUCGCAGGACACAUACAGGUGAGAAGAGGUUUGAGUGUCCAGAAUGUUCCAAGAGGUUUAUGAGGAGUGACCAUCUGUCUAAGCACAUCAAAACCCACCAGAACAAGAAAGGAGGGGCAGCACUCACUAUCAUCACCACUGAGGACAUGGAGGACACAGUUGACGAGGUGCUUGGCUCACCACGUAUUGUUACUGUGGCGUCGCUCUCACAGGAUUCCAAUCCAGCCACGCCCACAACUUCGAAUAAUUUGGAGGAGGAGUUUGAGUAGCUCCACCCCACAUCUGUUCUGCUUCAAGCACCAUGGUGAUUUUGUUUGUUCGUUUGUUUGUUUCAUUUUGUUUGUUUUUUGUA